UUCAUUUCUUGCUUGUUUGUAUUCCUUUUAUUGGGUGAAUUUCCUCAAUCAUCCAUCAAAAUAAACUUUUCUUUUUAAGGGUCUCUUUCUUUUAUUACAAGAGAUUGCCAUUCCAUCAUUUUUGCUGCUCCAUUUCUUCCAUUGAUGUGUGAUUUCAACAUAACUCUGUUUACACAGAAAUGGGGUUUCUUGAUUCUUUGUUUGGAAGAGAUUCAAGAAAGUUUAUCAAAAGAAAAGACAGCGAUGCAGGUGAAGCAGAAGUUCUCAUACUCUAUAAAUCCACAGGCCGAGCGCUCGAGGAAAUUAGAGGUUCGCUUUAUAAUGAACUACGAAUGUCGGAUGGGGCGAAACGCCAACAGCAACGAUAUUGCGGGCCUGUUGUUGCAAUGACAUUCAAUUUCAUGGUUGCUGUUGGAAUUAUAAUGGCAAACAAAUUAGUGAUGGGAAGAGUUGGAUUUAACUUCCCAAUAUUUCUCACAUCAAUCCAUUACACUAUUGCUUGGUUUCUACUAGCAAUUUUCAAGGCACUUUCUUUGCUUCCUGUUUCUCCUCCUACCAAAACCACUCCCUUCUCCUCUCUUUUUGCCUUAGGCGUUGUCAUGGCUUUUGCUUCAGGUCUUGCCAACACAAGUCUAAAGCAUAACAGUGUUGGAUUCUACCAGAUGGCUAAAAUUGCAGUAACUCCCACCAUUGUAUUUUCAGAGUUCAUUCUCUUCAAGAAAACCAUUUCUUAUAAAAAGGUAUUGGCUUUGUCUGUUGUCUCCGUUGGCGUGGCGAUUGCGACCGUAACGGAUUUAGAGUUCAACGUAUUCGGUGCUUUGAUCGCAAUCGCUUGGAUAAUCCCAAGUGCCAUAAACAAAAUUCUGUGGUCGAAUCUUCAACAACAAGCGAGUUGGACCGCGUUAGCGUUGAUGUGGAAAACUACUCCAAUUACAAUAUUUUUCUUACUUGCUCUCAUGCCUUGGCUGGAUCCACCAGGAGUUUUAUCCUUUAAUUGGGAUCUUAGCAGUUCAACUGCUAUUUUGAUAUCAGCUCUUCUUGGUUUUCUCUUGCAAUGGUCCGGAGCUUUGGCACUUGGUGCAACCUCUGCAACAUCUCAUGUUGUUCUGGGACAGUUCAAGACUUGUGUGAUUCUACUCGGAAGCUAUUUUGUUUUCGGGUCCGAUCCCGGGUUCGUGAGCAUUUGCGGAGCGGUUACAGCUCUCGGCGGAAUGUCUGCUUAUACAUCCCUUAAUCUGCAGCAACAACUUGACAACAAGCAGGCGAUACCGAAACCCGAAAACAGUAUUGUAGAAGAUGCUCCAAAGUCAGAUGUACAAAAUUCUGAUGUUGCUGUAUAGAGAUUGAAUGAACCAUCUGAGCUACCAUAUGAGUUCUAUAGUUUUUUUUUUAAUGGUAAAUUGAGGUAGAAAAUAUCUAAUUUCUUCCUAUAAUACUGAUAACAAUUUUAUAGAGAUAUGCAUACUAUUCCUUUUGAAACA